UGUGUGUGUGUGUGUGUGUUUGUGUGUGUGAAAGGAUGUGUGUGUUUUGGAACGAGUUUCUUCUUGCAAGACUUCAUUUCACUCCCCUCUCUGCUCAGACGUGUUUGUGUCCCACUGCUCACUCACUCUCUAAGCAUGCUCCCGUUCCAGGCAGCACCGGGUCAGUUCAGCGAUGAGGUCCGGCAGCCGGGCCUGCGAGUGUGGAGGGUGGAGAAGAUGAAGGCAGUGCUGCUGGAUCCCUCCGAGGUGGGGGCCUUCUACAACGGGGACUCCUAUCUGGUGCUGGACAACCGCGACCAGCUGGGGGCCAACCUGCACAUGUGGAUAGGUGAGAAGUCGUCUCGGGAUGAGCAGGUGGCGUGCGCCAUGCUGGUCACUCAGCUGGACAACUUCCUGGGCGGCGACCCCAUUCAGCACCGGCAGGUUCAGGGCUACGAGGCCCCGGAGUUCAUGACGCUCUUCCCCAGAGGAGUCAGCUACAAGGAGGGUGGUGUGGAGUCGGGCUUCAGGAGGCAUCAGGGCUCGGGGACGGUGCACAGGUUGUACCAAAUCAAGGGGAAACGCAACAUCCGUGCCAAGGAGGUGGAGAUGUCCUGGAGCAGCUUCAACAAGGGAGACUGCUUCAUCCUGGACCUUGGAGAGACGAUUGUGUCAUGGAUCGGAUCGCAAGCCAACCUCUUCGAGAAGCAGAAAGUGCGCGAGAUCGCCUCACUGAUCCGUGACACGGACAGACACGGUAAAGCAAAAAUCAUGGACUCCAACGAAGGGGAGGAGCCUGAGGAGAUGCUCAAGGUCCUGGGAAAGAUGCCCGCUCUGGCAGAGAGUACGCCAGAAGAGGACAGCAAAGCAGACGCUUCUAACUCUGCCUCGCUCUACAAGGUGUCAGACGCCACUGGUUCAAUGACGAUGACCAAAGUGUCGGAGAAGAGCCCGUUUGCCAAGGAGCAGCUGGUUCGUGAAGACUGCUUCAUCCUGGACAACGGUGCCAACGGAAAGGUCUUCGUGUGGAAAGGUAAUGGAGCCAACGCUGAGGAGAAGAGGGAGGCCCUGCAGAUGGCAGAUAACUUCAUCGUGCAAAUGAAGUACCCCAGGAUGAAAACACAGGUGGAGAUUCUGCCGCAGGGGAAGGAGACCAUCAUCUUCAAGCAGUUCUUUAAGAACUGGAACUAAACAUUUCACAGGAGCGUUGGACAAACCCUGCACUCGAGAGGACGAUCUGAAACCAGACAGAAUCUCACACAACCUGUUUCUUUUUAAAUGCAAAUAUUUGAAUGUACAUAUUUGUAAUUUGCCGUAAAUCGUUCUGGACUUUGGUUGAAUCUGAGACGUGAUGCCACUUUUGUAAAAGCAAACAAGCUUCUUCAGCUAACAACACAACAAAAAGUUACAAAACACAAUACCUUAAGUAAAAGAUUUCCUUUUUUUACAUUUGUUCUCGUGUCACAGUUUUGCCUUUUGAAAAAUAAAUCUGAAACUACUUGCUGAGGAAAUGGUU